CUUAUUCACUCUCAAGUAAGUGAAGAGAAUCUAAGUUGAGAAAAAAAAAAUGAAGAUUAGUGCAAUAGAGAGUGGAGAAGUUUCUUCAUCCCCAAGAAAAGGGAUGAAUAGAGGGCUAUCUAUAAUGGACUUCAUUUUGAGAGUUUUUGCAGCUGUAACCACACUUGCAAGUGCAUUGAGUAUGGGAACAGCAAAACAAACUAUGCCUUUUGCGACGCGGUUUUUUAGAUUCAGAGUUGCAUAUCAUGAUCUUCCAACAUUUGUGUUUUUUGUUAGCACCAAUUCUAUUGUAUGUGGCUACCUAGUUCUUUCACUUAGUCUCUCAUUCUUCAACAUUGUAAGGACUAUGGCGGCGAAAAGUAGGAUUCUCUUGGUUUUUCUCGACACGGUUAUGUUUGGUCUUGUUACGAGUGCGGCCUCAGCAGCAGCAGCCAUUGUUUAUGUAGCUCACUAUGGAAAUUCAAGUGCCAAUUGGUUUCCAUUCUGUCAACAAUAUAACUACUUCUGUGGACGCGUUUCGGGUUCGCUGAUUGGCUCUUUCAUUGCAGUUGUUAUGUUCAUCUUACUUAUUCUCAUGUCAGGAAUAUCAAUAAGCAAGCAUUGAAAUUGUUGGCAUGGAAUUGUUGUGGUUUGGUGUGUAGUAAUAGCCCUGAAUUCUGAUAUGUGUUUGCCUAGCCAUCAUCGCAGGCUUUGUUGAUAGCUUUAAGAUUGUUGCGUGUGGAGAAUACUCGGUUUACAGUUGAAGGCGUAGAUGAAAUCAUUUGUAUAUUUCAUUAGUUAUUCAAUGAAUUUAAAGAAUAAA